AUGAGUGAUAUGAAAUCGAUGGUAAACAGAAAGAGACCUCUGCGAUCGCAGUCUGAGACCAACACGAAAUGCAGUCGAGCAGCACUUUUGGAGCCCCAGCGCUCCAGAUCCCAGGACAGUAGGCAAGUGACUAGGGAGUCUCAACCUGAUUCACUUAGGGAAGCCUCAUCUCAAUCAGUUCUGGAGGAGGUGCCAUCGAGAAGGAGUUCCAUCACCACCAUCGGCAGUGCUGACCUAUCUGAAUCCAACUCUGAAACUUCUGGCUAUACGACCGAGAGCAGUUAUCAAACGGCCCCAGGAUACGAGCGCCUUGCACAAACUAGUUCCUACGCCAGUGUCCAGAAUUCCGCGACAGCGAAUUACCUCCGGGAGAUUCACGUGGCCAUAGACGCCUUGGCCAACCACGAGGAGAUUCAGUCCGUUCACCGGGAUCUAAGGGAAUUGCUGACCAACGAGAUGGCACUGGUCGGAGGCACAAGUGGUCCAGUCAUCUAUUUAAUAGCAUAUAACUAUAUGUAGUCAGUUUUAAAUAUUUCCCAAAUUCCAAAGUGAAAAAGUCAGCACUUCUUAAAACUGCACUUUAAGAUUUUAAGCAAGACAGAUAUAAGAUAUGUAUUAAAUAAGAAAAGCAUUCGGAGCCCAUGAACUCAGACCAGAAUAACGUGUUCUAAAAUAAAUACGUUUUAAGCUAUA